AUCAUUUCAGUUUGAGUUUGUUCCUUUAUUUAACACUCACACACACAUCUGCGCUACACCACUGAUAACUUAUAUUUACACAGUUUAGGUUGUGUUAUGUUUAGUUAAAUAAAUGUUUCGAGAUAGGUUCGUAACUGUAUAUACAUACAGGAAUGUACACCUGAUAGAGUCAGAUGUGGAAAUCUUCACAGCAAAAGUCAAUACAACAUAGUAGAACAUAAACAGGAUUAAUAAUGCUCAACAACUGAGUACAGUCAUUACUCCACACUGUGCACUAACAUUUGGUCGCUAUUGUCCAAUUAAACAAACAGCACAGGAAGCUUUGCUGAGUGGAGGAAGCAGUGAGAAGACACACAGUCACUCUUCUUCUCCCAAACCUAACCAAGUCAUUUUUAAAAAUGAAGAUAAAAAAAAUCAUUUUAUAAAUGAUGCAACAAUGUAGUAAUGCAAAUUUCAACUCCAAACUUUUUUAUACUUUGAUCUCGUGCCUCUCAAACACAGAGGAGUAACCAUAGUGACAGUCCUACUAACUGCUCUGUUCUUUGACCACAAGUAAAACAUCAUCACAAUCUGUGACCUCUCUUCUGAAAAGGGUGUGGUGUCGUGUCAAUCACACCCACAGUCAAAUAUAAACUGUGCAUUGAGUCUGUGGUGGACAGUAAGCUUUGCUGAAUAGAGGAAGGUGAGAGAAGAUUAUUCUGAGUUGAAAACAAUUAAAGAAGCUUCAAGAUCCAACAGGAGCUUUGUGAUUGCUUGGAAAGAGUUUCAACAUGUGUGUAAACCUGUCGCUGACGCUGAUGCUGCUGUUUCUGUCUGGUGCUGUUUGCAGUGAAUGGAAUGUGGAAUAUCAUCAGCAGCACAUCUGUGCAGUGAAAGGCUCGUCUGUUGUCAUUCCAUGUUCAUUUUACUAUCCUGAGAACCUGCAAGUGAAGAAAGUCAUGUGGGGUGAUAAGAGGGCUCACAUUUCUGACGGACCUUUCAUAUUUGAGAGUGAGAUGAAUGAAACUGACACAAGAUUUCAGUAUAUUGGCGACAAAAAACACAAUUGUUCUUUCGAAAUACACAACGUAGAGCAUAAUGAUGCAGGAAAAUAUAUCUUCAGAUUUAUAACUGACACUGAAAAGGGCAAAUGGACUGGUCCAGCUGGCUCGACAUUAAAGGUCGUUGAUUUGAAUGAUUUGAUGACGAGACCUCAUGAGAACAGAGCGACAAAGGAAGGCGACUCUGUGAAUCUGACCUGCAUAAACGGCUGUGACAGCGAUCACCUUUCAUCUGCUUUCACCUGGUUUAAGAACGGAGAACCCAAAAACGAAGGACCUGUUCUUUAUUUAAGCAACAUGAACCCCACUGACUCUGGAAACUACUCCUGCUCUCUAAAGACUCACACAGGAACAGCUUCACGAGUCAUAAACAUCAACGUUGAAUAUGCCCCGAAGAACACGUCAGUGUCCGGCAGGCCGUUGAUGGAGGUGGAGGCCGGCACCAACAUCACCCUGAUCUGCAGCAGCCACGCAAACCCUCCAGUGGAUUAUACCUGGUUAAGAUUAAAUGAAAGUCAUGUUCUGGAUGUUGGACACCAGCCUGAGCUGUUCACUGCUGAUGGAGGCCAGUAUUUCUGCAGCGCCGCCAACAAACAUGGAAGUCAAUACUCCUCUGUUGUGACUGUAAAGAUUAAAGAGAGGUGGCCGUCAUUCAACAGAGAUGUACUCAUUAUCACACUGUCUGUGGCUGUCCUUCUGAUUGUGAUCGCUGCUGUCGCUGUCAUGAAACUCAAAACAAGACCAAGAGCAGAAGAGACCAACUGUGAGGAGGACAGUGAGGAUGCAGACUAUGUCAACAUGCCUGAUUUUUGCACUAAACAGUCCCAACAGAGAAGCCAGGGAAGGAGCAAGAAAAAAAGGACAAGAGCAGAAGAGACCAACUGUGAGGAGGACAGAGAGGAUGCAGUCUAUGCUAACAUGACUGUGAUGAAAAAACAAUCAAAAGGGAGACGCCAGGGUGAGGGAGCCACAGGAAGCAGCAGACAGACUCCCACCAUGAUGAGGAAAGUGUAGCUUACAGGACAAUGUGCAGGAACUGACUGUUGGAGCCUUCCGUUAUGAUGACUGUGGUGUUCAGAAGUGUUAAUGUGUCAGGACAAGGAGGAGACUGGUUUACCAACUACUGACUCCUACAAGUGAUAGUUAUUGUUUCCCCCCCAGAUGAAGACCCGCUGUAUGAGGAGCCAAGACGGCUCAUGUUUCCAUGUUACGCUGGUUUCUUGGUUGACUUGAUUUUAUUACAGCUGUUCUACACCAUCGUCAGCUCCAGCCAUGUGAAAACUCAAUGUAAAUAAAUCAAUACUUCAUUCUCAACAGUCUGUGGCUGUUCGGGACUCGGAAAAUAUGAGCUGUAUUCAUGUUGUGCCUCAGUGAACCCUGGUCAGGUGUGAUCCUUCAUAUGUGUGCCUCGCUGAUGUGAAAACUAUCACAUGCCAUUUUGCAGUAAUGUUCAGAAUGUCUCACAGGUAUAGAGAUAUGAUGUUUUGUUGAAUGAAGUUUUUAUUUCCUUACAUUUGACAAAUCUCUGAGAUAAACAUGUCUCAAGGUUUCAUAAAGAGAAAAAGGUUAAGGUUUUGUAUUUUGAACAUAUGUUUUUCUUUUUAUUUCUCUUAUGAUGAAGCAGAACUCAUGGUCAAUAAAACU